ACUGAAUCCGCAACAUCGAAGCCUGAGCUACUUUUGCCACAUCCAAAACCAACACAUCUCACCAUGAACUUUUAUAAGAUCUUCGUCUUUGUCGCUCUUAUUCUGGCCAUCAGCCUGGGACAAUCUGACGCAGGAUGGCUGAAGAAAACUAGGGAUGCCACAAUCCAGGGUCUGGGAAUUGCCCAACAGGCAGCCAAUGUUGCAGCAACUGCUCGCGGUUGAAGACCAUAAUAACUCAUUGAAAUAUAUUUAAGUCUUAUUUAUUGAUUAAUCAUAAUAAAGAAAACUUUAUGAAAA